UGGUAGAACUAAAUAAUAAGACUUUUCAUUUGUCUGUCGUCAGUCAAUGAAACCAUUUUUACGAGUCCAGUUCAUUUGGUAGAGUCAAAAAGUAUAAGGCCAAAAUGAUUUUCACAAAGACUUUUUUAAUAUCAAUGGUUUUGGUUUUUGCCUUUGCCAAAUUCAUUAACGGCGAAGGGAGCGACGAAACGAGCGAAGAAGUGACAACGAUUGUGGCCAAACCCGUAGUGAAGAAAUUUACUACUGUGGAAAGAUCAACUUCAGAGAAUGUUCAAAAAGAUCUAGAAAAAAUAAAGGAAAAUACGGAGACGUCUAGCGGAGUUGGUAAUACUAUAAAGAAAUCUUUUAAAGCGAUCUGUUCACCCCUAAGAUUUUUAUGGAAUUCGAUUGGAAAAACUAUUGGGAAUAGCUCUACUUCAUCCAAAAUAAGUGAAGACUAAAAAAAAAAAUAAUAACAGAGAUGAGAUUAUGUGUUACUAUUAAAUAUAUAUUUAUUAAUGUAAUGUGAUAUAAUUUAAUCGUUUCUUAUUUAUUAAAUAGAAAGUCAUUGUUUUCUCAAUUUAUACUGAUGAUAAUGUUACCUAAAUCAUGAUAUGAUACAAGAUAUGUGAAAUUUUAAACUA